UAAACCAACCCACAACUGUCACCUGCAGCUCCAUGCCCAAUAAGCUAAGAUUUGGGUGAAUGAAGAUGAAAAGCAUUAAAAAUCUGCCACUUCUUUGCAUCUUCCUCUUGUCUUUCUGCCUUUUCACAGCUCCUUCCCUGUCUAUUUAUGAUGGACCUCUAUAUGACUCUUCAGCCUACACAGAGUGCAAACAGAACCCAGAGGAGCCAUUGUAUGGCGGAGGAGUAUUGGCCAACAGAGAAGCAGAAUCCCGACAAGUCGUAGGGCUCGACGGGAAGGGAGUUUAUACCCCCACCUUUCUGCUCCAAGAUUUAACCCCUGACACCAUUUAUUGUUUUUCCAGUUGGAUCAGAAUAGAGAAUGAAGAUUCUGCUCUCUUGACAGCAACACUGAUGUCAGAAAAUGGUGAACAAACAGAUUGUGUAGGGAGUGUUAUUGCCAGGAGAGGAUGCUGGUCUUUCAUCAAGGGUGGCUUUCUUUUGACUUCCCCAUCAAACUUAUCUCUCCUCUACUUUAUGAAUUCAGCUACAUCAGAGAUAAAUUUAGAGGUUGCAAGUGCUUCUUUACAGCCAUUUACUCAGCAGCAAUGGAGCUUAAAUCAACAAACCAAAAUUAACAUGGAAAGAAAGCGUGCAGUGACAAUCCAUGCCUCAGACAAACAAGGUCUUAGAUUAAAGAAUGCAACAGUAACAGUUGAGCAGCUGUCGAACGAUUUCCCGUUCGGAUCUGCCAUAGCAAAGUCCAUCAUUGGAAAUUUGCCCUAUCAGGUUUCAGAAGGUUCCUAAUAAAUUAAUAAUUCUAGCAGUAUUUUUUAUAUAUGACCUGUAACAUGGCAUAGAUAAUAAACAGCUAACCCCGGCCCUGACUCAUUUCAAAUUCGGGGAAAGAUAUUUCUCUUAUUUUUCUACACUUAACUAGACAGUGUACGUUGCAAAUGCUUGUUUGAUGUUAUUUGGGUUUCUUACGACAUUAGAACUUGCAUUCAUCUUAAAAAGUCAAGCAAGGUAGCUCAAGACUAUUUUAGACAAAAAAAUUAUAAAUAAGACUACAACAUAUCACAUUUCUUCAAAUUUGAUCACUAAAAGGGGUAAUCUGGUGCACCAACGAUGACCUGAUCAACUAGAAAACUGGAAAAGGUCCCAAAUGAAAAACCUUUGUUCAUAAAGAUGACCUGAUCAACUAGAAUUAUCAUUACUAAUAGUCAAAUAAAUAAUAUUUCCUACUCCUUUUACAAAUAAUUAUCAUUAGUCUCUAAACAACCUUGAAAGUUGAAAGGUGGUGAGUGGCCACUUUUGUUUAAAGUUUUGUAAAGUCUUUUUUAUUCAUCUUUGAAAGUAAUAAAAGCAGAGAGUUAACAAAAUCUCAUUCACGCAGGAUUGGUUUGCAGAAAGAUUUAAUGCAGCAGUGUUUGAGAACGAACUGAAGUGGUAUGCAACAGAACCAGAUGAAGGACACCUCAACUACACCAUUCCCGACCAGAUGCUCAGCUUUGUUAGAGAACACCAGAUUAUAGUGAGAGGCCACAACAUCUUCUGGGAAGAUCCCAAAUACACCCCCCAAUGGGUUCUUAACCUGACCGGCCCGGACCUGAAAUCCGCCGUCCAGUCCAGAAUCACGAGCCUGAUGGAGAGAUACAGAGACGAGUUCAUCCAUUGGGACGUCAGCAACGAAAUGCUACACUUCGAUUUCUACGAGCAGAGGCUCGGGCCAAACGCGACCUUAGAGUUCUUCAAGACGGCCCACGAAGCCGACCCGCUCGCGACCCUGUUCAUGAACGAUUUCAACGUGGUGGAGACGUGCUCCGACCCGAAAUCGACCGUGGACAUGUACAUAACUAAGAUGAAGGAGCUCAAAAAGGGAGGAAUUUCAAUGGACGGGAUCGGAGUAGAGGGACAUUUCUCAGUCCCAAACCCUCCUCUGAUCAGAGCAACCAUUGAUAAACUCGCCACUUUGGGGCUUCCCAUAUGGCUCACGGAAAUCGACAUCAACAAGAAGUUCGGCCAAGAAACGCAGGCAAGGUAUUUGGAAAAAGUCCUGCGAGAGGGGUUCUCGCAUCCGGGCGUGGACGGGAUAAUGCUCUGGACGGCCCUUGAUCCGAAGGGGUGCUACCAGAUGUGCCUUACUGAUAACAGCUUGAAGAACCUGCCGGCUGGGGAGGUUGUGGAUGGUCUGCUGAAGGAGUGGCGAACCCAGAGCUUGGAGGGAGAAACGGACGAGCAUGGAAGGUACAGUUUCUUUGGGUUUCUUGGAGAAUACAAAGUGAGGGUCGAGUAUGGAAACGAGACUGUAACUUCAACUUUCUCACUUAACCGUGGUGAUGACACCAGGCAUUUUAGCAUUCAACUCUGAACCAUACAUUACAUUACAUGGUGAAAUCUCGACCUGUCAAGAUGGUCGAGUAUGGAAACAAGACUGUACAUUACAAUUUACAAGCUAGUAAGUUUCGGAAUAUAUUUAUAUAUAUGUUGAAUCAAUGUUGAACUUUACCUAAUUAAUAUUUAUACAACCACAAAUCAAGAUAUUGUCAUACCAAUUACCAACUAAGCAGUUCAAUUCAAAAUUCACCAUGUAG